AUGUUGUGUUUUGUUGGGUUUUUGUGUUUGAAUGUGAAUUGGGGAAUCAAAGGAGCAGCUUUGGCAAUCAGUUUGUCCUAUUGGGUUAAUGUGAUCAUGUUGGUGAUUUACAUAAACUCUUCUACAGCUUGUGCAUCAACUUGGAAUGGAGUUUCCAAAGAAGCUUUGAAUGACGUUGUUAGUUUUUUAAAGCUCACCGUGGCUUCAGCAGUUAUGAUAUGUUUGGAGUAUUGGUCCUUUGAGAUGGUUGUUCUUCUCUCUGGCCUUCUACCAAAUCCUCAACUAGAAACAUCUGUAUUAUCAAUAAGCCUUAAUACAUGUUGGGAUGGUCUAUAUGAUCUCAGUUGGUCUUGGUGGUGCCAUAAGCACAAGAGUGUCAAAUGA